AUGAAGGAGAACAGAAGCAGAAAGCUUGUAGCUGCUAGCGAGGAACACCCUGCGUCUUCUUCUUCCUCCGAAACAACGAUACCAGACCUACCGAUUUUACAGAAUCAUUCUGAACCGCAACAUCCAUUACCGGUGUUGACCCGGUUGGGUGAUCGGAAAGAGCCGCAACGGACUAUUACAAUUCAGAAAACUAUCAAAAAGAAGACAACAACAAGACUGCCGGGAAAGAAGAGAGGCGGAAGCAGUCCACUCAUUGGAGCUAGCCUAAAGAAAAGGAAUGUCAAUCGCUCUUCUAUUCCAGCAAAGAAAAAGCUCAACAUGGAAUUAUCUCAUGAGACAAAUGUGUCUAUCUCUGUACCUCGUCAUUGUAAGUAUCUCCGCUUUGAAGGAUCGGACCAUCGCCCUUUACUUACUUUCCUUGAUGAAACAAGAGUCAAAAAGAAAGGGAUGUUUCGGUUUGAUAAUAGACUAAGAGAUAAAGAGGAAGUGUUCGAUCUCAUAACACAAGUCUGGGGAAAUGAAGAUACGGAUACGGUGGAAACAAAAAUUAGUCGGUGUCAAUCGGAACUCACGAGAUGGUCUAGGGAACAAAAUCAAAACAGUGCACAAGUGAUCAAAGAAGCACUUAAAUCGGCGCUUUUGAAGGAUAUUCCGGAACCCAAUCCCGAGACCUUGUUCUCCCGAGUUAUGAUUGGGAAAUAUUGCCAUAAAAGCUCUUUCUUGCAGAGCACUCCGCCGGCUAACGCUUCUCAUGGGUGGAGAGGUAUCAUAGCUGGAAGAAGGAUUUUAACAAAAGGUUUAGGGUGGCUAAUUGGCAAUGGAGAGUCCAUAAGGGUUUGGGAUGACCCUUGGUUGUCUUCUUCGGAACCAGUAAUCCCCUAUGGACCACGACCAAGGCAUAUAGCGGAGCUCCGAGUCUCGGAUCUUAUUGACCAUCAUACCCAUUCUUGGAAAUGGGAUCUUAUACGCCUACAUCUGCCAAUGUACGAACCCCAUAUACGGCUCCUAAUGCUAGGUUUUACUAGCCACAACGACUCCAUGGCUUGGUUACUAACCAAGAAUGGUGAAUAUACAACAAGGAGUGGCUAUAGCACAAGGGUUAGUGAGGCGGCUACGACUCAAGAUCGAGCGUUUAACUAG